AACAUCAGAAUUAACCAAAAGCUAAUUCGUAACAAAGGUAGCUUUAGAUAUGAUAAUCAUAAAUGGGUUCUUGGCGCUUACAGAAAGAAAGGAGCGCCUCAUUUUGAUACUGUUGUCGAUCUUGUGGAGUAUUAUAAGAAGCAUGAACUCCCUGGACAUAUUGUUAUGAAAACCCCUAUACAUAGACCAAAAUGGCUAAUUAAACAUGACAUGUGCAAAUUUGACAUGUUGAAGGACCUGAUUGGAACUGGAAAUUUUUGUAAAGUUUUUCGAGGAACUUACGAGCGCGACAAAAAUGACAUAAUUCCAGUAGCCAUAAAAAAGAAGUCGACACUUUUUUUGAAGAUAUGCCAUGGCGCAUCAAAAGACACAGUGACAGAAGCAGCUAAACAAGCUAGAGAAUCAAUGAUACAUGAAGCACAACUAAUGAGCUAUUACGUACACAAGAAUGUUAUACAGCUGUAUGGUGUAGCUUGUGAUCACUAUCCAGUUAUGAUAGUAAUGGAAUACUGUCCGGGUGGUAAUUUGCAAGAGCAUAUGCAGAAGAUGAGAGACAAAGUUUCAAUUCCUGAACGUAUAUCACUGAUAUACGAGGUUUGUGGUAAAUCAGCUGAUGUUGUGCUAGGCUACAGUCAUGCUUCAAAAGGAAUGAGUUAUCUGCAUUCAAAAGGUUGCGUGCAUCGAGAUCUGGCUGCAAGAAAUUGUUUAUUAUCAGAAGUUGCUUUGAAAACAUAUGGGAAGAAGGCCACAUUUUUUCCUUCAAUUUGCAAAUUUGAGCAGUGUCCAUCUAGGAGUAUGAAAACAUAACG